UGAUCGCUAUUUAUGACCAAAGAGGAUAAUUAUAAACACUACACUCAUGUCCUUUAGACUUAGUUUGGCAUGUGCAGCCAUUCGAAUUAGUUUACUAUGUUACAUUGCUUUAAUACUUUAAUAUUUAUACAAAUCCCUAGUAUUCAUGGAGACUUGCGUCAGAGGAUUCUCCUUCAUGCCAGAGACUAAAGUUGAAGUAAAAAAUUUGCAGUACAUCGAGGGCGAUGAGCUGCAGCGAACUUGGAAGGCGUCUCGUCGUGAACGGGUAAAGCAGCAGGAACAGAGGAUAUGGGAAAAAUUCGUCAAAGAGCAAGACGUAGUUGAAACUGUCUGCAAAGAUGAUCCUUAUCAGUUUUUGGAGCAGCUACCCGAUGCCUGUCUCAAGGAAUUAUUGGAUGUUGAACUAAAGAAGAUGAGAGAAGAGAAGGACGAAGAAGAAGCUAAUAUAAUGGAGCCUGAUAUACAACCAAAAGGUGACGAUGAUUCCCCAUCACAAGAAAACACCAAUCAACACGUAUUUAUGUUUGUAAAUGAGGCUGAGAAGGAAGACUCUGAUGUGUUCCACAUAUUUGAUGAUAAGGAUGACGAGUCAGGGCCCGAAGACGAAGCGCUGAACGACUCUCUUGGCAGCCCGAAUACAGUACGAGAACAGCAAAAUGAUGACCUAUCGCCGAAAUCAAAGUCGCCCACACCCGAUAAAGUGUCAAGCAAGUCUUCAGAGAAUGUCACCAAUAUGAUAGAGAGUACCAUAUAUUUUGCUAAAGUUAAAGAUUUAAGGAUCAAAUUGACUGAAGAGCUUCUCAGCAUUAUAGAGACAGUGGAACAGCAAAACAUUCUGAACUUAGAACCCGAAGUGCUGACAAAGAUGUCUCGUCGUGCCACUGAAUUUUGCUCGAGGUUUAAUAGAAUAUACUUGUAUCAGCUCCAAAGGCAGAUCCAAGACAUAAAGCGCAAUAACACAGUGGCUUUGCCUUUCGCGAAACACACCCAAUUCCAGUCGCAGAUGGUGAGAAUCGUCUCCCUUCAUCAAAAUAUACUGCAGGCAUUCCAGGUUGCGCACAAAUCGCUGCAGCAGACCGGAUGUGCUGGAGUUCUAGUAGAACCGGGGAAUGGGACAGGAACAACGCCGGGUGGACUCGGCGCCCUCUUGCGGCUGGCUCGAGAAGUGCCACUCCCAGGACCAGAUCCUACGCCUGCUGCCGCCAAUCUCUACUAUGACGAUGUGAUACCAACCUGCGUUAAGUUGGAAAUGCUUCUCAGUGAAUACGCUGCGAAAAUGUCUGAUCACAUGAGGAGUACUGGGAAUACUAAUUCGUCGCAUUUCCAGAAGUCUAGAAAAAGUAUAAGCAAGAAGAAGUCUCGCGGUACUUGGUCCAAAGUCGGUUCUAAAUCCAUAACAGAAGCCGAUGCUCGACUUUCCAUGUACUCGUUGGAAAGUUUACGCAUCAACCUCAAACCGAAAGCAUCAGGCUCUAAAGAUAACCAAUCCAGUGGCACGUCGAAAAUGCGCGGCAGUUUGACUAGCUCCACUCGGAAGCCCCCUGAAACGCAGCCGCCAGCCAAAGGUCACAAGAAGUCCCCUAGGUCUCGCCGUCCGCUGAUGCGCGACCCUCACUCAGGUCAUGCCAAGCGUAAACUCUCCCGAGACACGGAUAUACAAACUAUGGUGGAAGCUGUUGGAACUUGCACAUCAAGUCACAUCAGCCGUGAACCAAGUCCGAAUCUGUCCCCUGUUAAAGGCACUUCUCGCCGCAGUAAAACCAUCACCCCAAGGUCUGCAAAAAUAAAAGACCUCACCCCAAGAAUUACUGCAAAUGCACCCCAAAAUAAACUGUCCGCUCAGAGUUCUAAAGUAAAAAAUAUUCGCAAUAGACCAACGACUCCAAACCAGCAAAAUUUUAAUACGAUUGGCAAUGGUAUUAGAAGAGAUCUUCAAGAUACUAAAAAUAAAUCUGAGGUCGACACCAGCCCUGUAUCAAAAAUAAAUUGCUCCAAUAAGGACAUAAGACAAGAAUGCAAGAAUAUUGAAGAGACAGUGAAGGUGAAUGAUUCACCGCGUCCUAGUAGUAGACUGGAUGACGAGGGACGAGCUCAGAAUACUGGACGUGAUAAAAACAAGACGCCGAUGGUGACGCCGGCCAGGUGCGAGGUGACGACGAUUGUAAAGCAACUGUGCGGUGGGGAUGCCACAGGUUCUUGUAACAGUAACAGGAAUGAGAAAAUAACAGGCGCUAAAAAUGCUCAGCUGGUCUGCAUCAGCGGCGAGAGUCCUCGGCAGCCCAGUACACCGCAAUUACUACGGAUACUGGAAGAGACUAUUCAGAAGAAAGCCCCCAAGCCACUUUAUCAAAAACCUCCUUCUAUCAAGGAUGCAGAACGUUUUCGGCUCACGUUCAAUAUUCCAGAGCAGACGGCCGACAAGCUAUUUCAAUACAGGACCCAAUUCGUUCAGCACAUGCUCACAAGUCCCAUGUAUGCCAACAGUGUGGUUGGAAAGCCAUGGGAGGUGAUUGGCAGAGUCUCCGAGCAAAUAAUUGAUGAUUUAUUAUUAGGAUGUGCCAAUGAAAUGGAACUCAAAGAAGUCAUCCAACGUCUAUAUAAUCAAGAAAUUAAUUGAUUAUUGUCAUAUUUUUUUUUUUAUAUUUCCUUAUAAAUGUUACACAGUU